AUGCUGAAUUCUGGAAUGAACAAUCGGGUUAGUAAACAAAAGAAGAAGUCCCCAAGAGUAAGUAAAGCUUGCAACACUUGCAGAGCUAGAAAGAUAAAAUGUAAUGGGAUGAAACCAUGUGCAAGUUGCUCACAGGCCGGAAUUGAAUGCACUUUCGAUACUAGCAGUACUCAUAGAACCACGCUAUAUAAAGAAGAGGAUGAUAUUAGAAAAGAUCUACGAACAUUAACUACAUGUGUCAACACAUUAUCAAAAUUGAAAUCUAUCGAUCCACAGAAGCUGAAUCCCGUUGUUACAGAACUUCAGUCGAAACUGAAUGUGUUUAGAAAUGAUAUGCGUGUAAUGUUGGAGAGUGAAAAGAUUACUGAGUACGAAUCUGAUCGGUCUCUUGAAACUGAACUUAUUGAUUCAAAUUUUAUUAGGUUCAAUAGGUUUACAUCAAGCAAUUUAGAAGAUGAUGAUCUAAAGCAGGUACUUGAUGGUUAUUUUGGCAUCUAUUCCCCACUGUGCUUAUUAACUAACCAGGGUUAUGGAUGGCUAUUCAAGAAGUUGUUCAGCUCUAAGCUUGAUCAUUCGGAUGUGAAAAUGACUUUUUAUCUGUACUUGAGAUUUUUCGAUUUGAGUCACAAUAUUUCAAACCAAGCCUCCAAAUUACAUUCUAUACCGUUUAAGGCUUAUAAUGAGAAGUAUAUGGACAAAAAUAUUCCAUAUUCCGAACAGUCUGUGGUGAAUCAUAUCAUUGAAAGGGCAUGUUCGCUACUUAACUUAACUCAUGAUAAACCUGAAUUCGUAAGGUCUGAUGAUCCGCUGCAAAUUCUUCAAUUUAUGAAUAAGCACAUUGAACAUAUGCAACAUUUCUCCUAUUUAAAAGGUACUGAUCCUUUGGGUCUCCAAAUAUUUUACGGCGUUGAUGAUCUUCUUAGCACAUUGUUUAGACACUGCGAGAGUCUCAUAUUCCAAACCCGAUUUAGAGAUCCAAAAGUGGCGGAUGCUCUUUUGACACAAUUAGAUUAUGCAAAUAACAAGGAGGAAAGUUACCAUAUGAGGGAUGUUGUUUCUUUGAUAACAGAUAAUGUAAUAUUCAAUGGCUUAGACAGAUGGGAGUACUAUAUUGGAUUGAACGAAGCUACUGCAGAUCAAUAUCGUUCCAUCUGGUGGAAAUGUAUAUGGUAUGAUCGUUGGGCAGCAGUCAGUACUGGGAAACCAUUUUUGCUUAAUGAAAACAUGGCCCAAUGUUUAUUACCAAAAAAGUGGAUGAGUUUGGGAUUAAAUGAAACCAUGGAAUCUGAACUGUUAUUGAAUACCAUUGAUUUUGGUAACAAAUUGGUUGACGAUGAAGUAUUUAUUGAUGUAUCUCGUUUUCUGCUAUCAAAGCUGUUAACAACCCAUUUUAAGUCUAUAUUAUACAAUAAAGAUUUUACUGAUUAUCGAGUCUUUUCAUCGAAGUAUCCAAUCUUUGAAGCGACAUUACAUGAUUUGCUGCAAAAUAUAGAACAAUUAACAUGGAAUUUUGCUAAAUUAGAUGAAAAGAUGGAACCAUAUGUUGGUGAAUUGAUCCCUUCGAAUCCAAGAUUUCAUGUUUAUAUAACAAUGAGAUAUUGUCGUGUUGAGGUUUACAAUACCAUUGAAAGUGUAUUGAUAAGGUUUGCUAAUUCACCAAGGGUACAGGAUAAAAAUCUGAUUAAUAAAUUGAUACUGAAGCAAAGAUUAGAUAUUUUUAAGUUAUGUUCAAGUUCCCUGCAGAUGUUAUCAAACAUUAGCACCGCGUUUGACAAUAUAAAGUACAAUAAACUAACAACAAUGUUUUUCAUGCAUACCAUUAUUUAUUCGAUUGAUAAUCCCACUUGCAACAUGAUUGAUACCAUCAAUAACGUUUGUACGAUUGUGCAUAAUGCCCGAGCAUGUAGUCGAAUGGGUUCCGCUAGUGUGUCCACUAAAUUGAAUAACAUUAAAGAAGGUUCAAACUUACCUGUUUAUUUUACAUUCGUCCUAACAAGAAUAUUUUUACAGAUAUAUAUCGAAAAGAGAAAUAUAAGUGAAGAGGUUUUAAUAGCAGAAGUUAGCAAAAUUAAUGAACAAAAUGGAAAUAUGGUUAAGGAUAUUUUAGACAUAAAUUCAUCGUGUUACUCAUUAUUAAUGACAAAUAUUCCAAAUUCCCCAAUGCAUGUUAAAGUUCUAAAGGAUAUUAAUAAAGUUACGAAAACCAAAUUUAUGGAUAAUUUUACUCCACCUGCCUCGGUGAGUAUACCGAAUUCAGACACAGAGAAUGUUGAAACCGUAUCCACUGUUACCGACUCUGAUAAGAACUUGGAAAUAUUCACCACACUAGAUGAUUUCUUACAAUUGAAUGCAUUCUCUGAGAUCUAUGAAGCUCUAUGGGGUGAAUUGGAUGAUUCUUCACCUGAUAUCAAAGAAAAUAUCAACUGCAAUUGA